AUGGCUUCCACGACUGAAGCUCGCCGCAAGGUUGUAGUUACACGGGAUCUCGGCCCCGAUGUUAUGCCUCUGCUGCGUGCGCGCGAAGAUAUCGAGAUAGUCGCCUGGCCUGAGCACGAUGUUGGCCCUAGUCGUGAAUGGACUCUCGAGAGCGUGAAAGGUGCCACCGGCGUCCUGGUUCUGUUCACGGAGAAGGUCAACGAUGAGCUCUUGGAUGCAGCUGGCCCCAAUUUGAAGGUCGUGUCGACGAUGUCUGUUGGCUAUGAUCAUAUCUCGUUGCCCAGUCUACACAAGCGUAGCGUCAAGCUUGGCUAUACUCCGGAUGUUCUCACCGAUGCAGUUGCCGACAUCUCUGUAAUGCUCGCGCUUAUGGCCGGACGCAAUGCUGCACAUGGUGUCCAACUGGUAUCGCAAGGAAAGUGGCCCAGCUUCGCGCCAUUCACGCUGUGUGGACCGCAGUUGAGCACUACGUCCUUUUCGCCUUCGCGCACAGUCGGCUUCCUCGGCUUCGGCCGCAUUGCGCAGGCGACUCUCGCACGGCUCGUAGCCUUCGGCGUGAAUAGCUGCCUAUACUGCACGAACCCCUCAUCUCCGCCCAAGGUGGAGCUGGAAGACGAGCUCAAGAGGCUUCACCCGACUUUGCGCGAGAUACGUAAGGUAGAUCUGGAUGGUCUUGCGCGUGAAAGCGACGUGCUGUUUGUCCUUGCGCCCGGUGGGCCUAGCACGCAUCAUAUCAUCGGCGAGGACGUCUUGCGCAAGAUGAAGAAGCAUGCUGUGCUUGUGAAUACGGCACGCGGAACACUUGUAGACUCCGAUGCGCUAGCGCGGGCUCUCCAUGAAGAGUGGAUCUGGGGUGCCGGACUGGACGUACUGGAAGGGGAGCCGCAUAUCAGUGCUGACCACCCCUUGCUGAAAGAGCCACGAUGCUCGAUCGUUCCGCACAUCGGUUCCGCAACCUUCGAGACGAGGGUAGGAAUGGCGAGGCUCGCCGUAGAGAACAUGCUCGCUGGAAUAGACGGGAAGGAUAUGCCUGCGGAGCUCAACAUCGCAGAGCGCUUGGGAUGA